AUGAUCAAAACGUGGAACAAUGUUUACAGCAUUUUAUACCUUUUGCUGUAUAAAAGUGAGGCCAUAAUACAAUUAGCAAUUGAAAAUAAACAAACUUUUCUAGACACUUGUGUUAUAAAAGUUUUAAAUGAAAUCGAAUCAACUAAGGACUUUAAAGAUGUUACUUUGAUAAACGCCAGUAAUGAGCUUGGAAAAGCUCUUAAUGAUCUACAAAAAUAUAGAUUUCUAAUACGAUCAUUUCUAUGGGAAAAGCAAAAAGCUCCCAAUGAAGUAUAUCUGAUAAUUAGCGAACAUUACUACGCUCUUUAUGAUGAAAUCGAUGAAUUGAAACAAGAUAGUUAUUGGAAUCCCAGAGCUAUAUUUAUUAUUAUAAUAAAUGAUGUAAUUGAGCUUCUGCAGGAAAUUUCUAGUUUAUUACUGUAUAAUCACAUGUAUAAUGUAAUUAUUGUUACAAGACUGAAUAAAACUAUUGACGAUUAUUCAAUAUUUGGAUUUUCACCAGAAAUUGAUGAUUGUAACAUACCUAAAGUGAAGGUACUGCAAUUUAUAUCAAAUUGUUCAUCACUGAAUAAGAUAAGCGCACUUAUUUUUAAAGGAGGCGCUGUAAUAAAUAAUUGCAAGGUAAAGUUAUACGCUAGACUAUACGAACCGUUUUAUUAUUUUCCACAACCUUCAGGAAUACGUGGAAUAGAAGAAUAUAUUUUAAAGUUAUGGUCACAGACUCAGAAUAUUACUAUUGAUUUUGUUAAUACUGGAAGCGGUCCUGAGACAGUAUAUUUAUUAAGCAAUUACACUGAUUCAAACAUUGUUAUAUAUAAUGAUACUAAUGAUGCAAUAGGCAUAUUUGGAGGCUUCUCACUUAACAUCAAGAGGAGGACUAUACUUGAAUACAGUUAUCCGUAUAUGAUCGAUCAUGAAAUUAUUAUUACCGCCCGUACACCUGACCUAGAAAAAUGGGAAGCCAUUAUGAAUGACCUCAGUCUAUCUAUUGCGAUCCUUUUAUCUUGUCUAUUUCUAAUUUUCUGCAUAUUGUCUUCGUAUUUGUUAAUUUUUGUUAAAAAACGCAGAGAUAUCGUACGAGAUAUCCUUAUUGUCUAUGGUUACUUUCUUACUAAUAUUUCUGUUAAGAGAUGUAAUCCUAACUUUGUGGCUCGCAUUGUAUUUUUGAGUUUACUCAUAUUUGUAUUUCUAAUGUCCAAUAUAGUUCAAGCUUUUCUGCUGAGUGCGAGCACAAGGCCUAUUGCAGGCCAUCAGGUUAAUGAUUUAGAAAUAAUAUACAAAACUUUCAAACCCAUACUGCUGAGAGCCUGGAAAUGGAAAUUUUCUCAUAAAUUAAAUGAUACGGAGUACUGUGAUGAAAUAACUACGUGUAUAGAGAAAGUAAUUAAUAGUAAUGAAUUAGCAUUUACUCUAGUAUCUGAUACUUACUACAACAUACUAUAUUACGAUGUGAUAGACAACCUUGGUCAAGUUCAGCUUUACAGAGUGCGGGAACCAGAAAAGUUUGUGUACCGCGUUAUAUAUUUCUCUCGAGGAUCAACUGCUAUCUCCUCAAUGAAUAGACAUGUACGGUUAAUAACAGAGAGUGGUCUUCUAAGUCAUCAUAUACAACUGAUGGAAUACCUAGCUAGAGUGAAAUCCAAAGUGAAGAGUCACGCUGGUUAUGACCCAACAGAUUUAUCCGAAAUAAAAGAACCCUUUAUUGUAUUAAUUAUUGGAUAUUUUCUAUCUAUAAUUGUUUUUGUUUAUGAAUGUAGAUGUAAGUAA